AUGGACUGUUUCAAACGUCAAGGAAUUAUUCCAAACUCUGUUAAUCAUCUUAUCAUUCGAGAAGGUAAAGAUAUUGUUUUACAAGAAGGAAUUUUACCAGAUUCUGUUCAAAACAUUGAAUUGAAAACUGCUUAUUUUCCAACUACUAAAUUGGUUGACAAUAUUUCUUUCAAAGAUUAUGAAAAUCAUAAGUGCUCGAUUCGAAAACUUGAUGAUCAAUAUUACAUUUUGUUUGGCAAGCAAACACACAGACGAUACUUUAUGGCAGGCCUCUUCCACAAAUCAAUGUUUGAAGACAGAUUCAAUGUUAUAAAAAUACUUAGUGAAGGUGUAAGAACAGCCAGAAUAUGCUGUUUCGUAGCACUCAUGUUCAGUCAAUUGCAGGUCAGUAAAGUGGCUAUAAAGGCAGUGACUUUUGCUAUUUCUGCAGCUGGUCAAGUAAAAAUAUCUCUUUCUUCUUUUCCAAGUCCUUUAUACUAUGCCUGUUGCCUCCUUACUAUGAGUGAAGCCUCUUAUGCCGGUUUCCUCGUCACUAUGCCAGUUGCCUCGCAUUUCAUAGAGAAUGGUCAAUCUCUUUUGUUUCACAUCAAAUGA